GGAUCCAGAGCGCGAGCGCACAGAGAGCGGGGAUGGCAGCCGAGGAGAAGCAAGCUCCGGCACCCGAGCUGACUCCGGAGCACGGCGGGCACAUCCCGAAGAGGCACGCGCGGGUCACCGUCAAAUACAACCGGCGGGAGCUGCAGCGGAGGCUGGACGUGGAGAAGUGGAUCGAUGAGAGUCUGGACCGGCUGUACGGGGGCCAGGAGGAGGAAAUGCCGGAGGAGGUAAACAUCGAUGAGCUCCUUGACCUGCCGAGCGACCGGGAGCGAGUCCAGAGGCUACAGGAUCUUCUUCAGAAGUGCAGGAACAGCACAGAGGUUUUCAUCGAGGAGCUCCUGGUGAAGCUGGAAGGCGUUCACAAGCAGAACGAGCUGCAGAGUGAGGGCAUCGAGCACCCGGUCAUCUGCCACAGCCACCCUCGCCACGAGCCCUACCACUUCAACAACCACCAGCACCACCUCCAGCAUACCCGAGGCAAAAACCAGAGCCUCUGAUGCCGCCAGAACCCAUAAUGCACUUUAACUGUCUGACAUGAAACAACCACAGGCAUGAAAACCACUAGCAUCCCGAGCAUUUCAAAGCUGAGCAUUCAGUCUUCAAAAUCAUCUCCGUUAAAAUGAACUAUUUUAUGUUUCUAACACCAUCCUUUAUAUAUGAAUAUUAUUUUAUGGAGCAAUUCCUUCGUAAAUGGAUAAUUUCAGAAUCACUGACUGUGUGAGUGUAAGGUAGACUUUUAUUAACCUAGAAACAGGUGUUUGGGGCUAAAUAAGGGACAAUAUUAUUUGAAACCCAAAUAAAACAACUU